AUGGGAGGGAGUCUUCCCACUUCACUACAGCUCUGUAACCCCGUUACAGCAGACAACCAGGCCGCCAUCUACAGAUUGCAGACUCCCUCUAACAAGCCUGGCCAGGCAUGGCAGCUCAGAUGCAUCCAGGCAGCGCACCAGAUUGUCAGCAAGGGGGCCACUGUAUCUAUCCACUGGGUACCUGGACACCAGGAUGUGGCUGGCAAUGAGAGAGCUGACAGGUUGGCCAAGCAGGCAGCCAAGAAGAGACCCUCCACUCACAUCACCAGUCUGGCCAUGACUGGCAUCAAGAUCAAGAGCAUGGCAACCUUGAAAUGGGACAAGGCCUUGAAGAGCUACAGCAUUGAUGCUAUCAUCUGCAAUCCUUCUGCCUAUGCUGCCCAGUACAGCUGGAGGAUUGGCAAGAGACUGAGGAUUCCCCCUGGGACCAGGAGGGAGACUGCCAGUGCCUUCUAUCAGCUGAAGCUUGGCCAUGAUACAAUAAGGCCUACCUAA